CUCUUCCCGCGCCCCCACCGCGCACACAGAAUUGGCCUCUCAAUCAUCCUUCUUUCGACCGGGGUGCCUUGGCCCAUCAGCGACUGACAUCCGUUGCAAGCUAAGCCGCGUCUGCACAGUGGCGGUUCGGAGCAUCCAAGUCCGUGCAGCACUCUGACUUCCCAUCUGGAACUGUCCGAGGCCGGUGCGAUUCUGUCUUCCUCCCCGUCCGUCCUUCGAGCACGAUCUCGCCAUACGGCUUGCCCUUUGCCUUUCGUGUUCUUCCGGGCGCCCGCGUAGACGCGAAGAAUUCAUCCACACACGUAGCGUGUCCCACCUACUCGUCCUGGACGCCUGUCGCUUCUAGAAAUACACCACCUAUCGCCACUAUCGUCCAACCCGCCCAGCUUCCUGCCUCUUGUCUUCCUCCUCUUCUGACGUCCCCCUCUCACCCACCCGCCAAUGGACUCUUCGACAGCCUGUGUCUCCUUCAUCGGGAUCGUCGAUUUUACCGAAGACGCCACUUGGGUGUACUGCUCAGAAUCCGUCUAUGAUCUACUAGGAUAUGAGCCACACGAGUUAAUCGGGACCCCCUCCCUCAACCUCGUUCAUCCGGAUGAGUUCUCGGAAGUGAAAGAAUUGCACUACACAACAAUAUCACAAGACCAAGCUGCAGUGCUCGCAUAUCUGCGCAUGAAGCAUAAAGACCCCUACAAAGGAUACAUUCUCUGCGGCAUAUCCCGGACAGUAUGCCAGAACGUCCUCGUUGGAAGCGUCUCAUUUGCAGCCCCCGGGCCGAAAGCUAUGCAUAACGCGUCGACUGCGCAAGAGGUCAAGAUCAUCACGCCGACCGCGAAGGACCUCGAGUUCCGAAGAUGGAACGAUCCGAACCCGAUGCCACCGUGCCCCAUCCCCUCAUCACGUUCACAUAGCCCAGACAUCCGGAGACGCGACCGCAAAGAGGCCAUCACCUUUGACCCGCUCCCAGAGCAGUCCAUUCGGACUGCGCUCAUCCUCGACCGCUUCAGCGUCAACUGCGGCAUCUUGUACUGUUCCAAUGACAGCUUGAUCUCGACGACGGCAUGCAUGGGCCGCAGUUUCUUCGACUUUGUCUCGCGCAAAGACGAAGAUCUCGUCCGCAGCUGGAUCGACGUCAUCAAGUCCUGGGGCGUGAACGAGCGAGGGCAGCCCAGCGACGGCGGCUUCGGCUUCGGAAAGUUCAGCCUCCUCGUGCGCGGGCGGGACUCCAGCAUCCGACACGCCGACCCCGUGCCUUCGCGUCACCGGAGUGGGCCGUCCUCCGGCCACGACCAUCUCUCACGUACGCGCGAUGCCCGCCCGUCGCAUCACCACGCGUCGUCGGGCUCGAGCUACCGAGACAGGGAGCGCGACCGAGAGAGGUACCGGGAGUCACGGGAGUCGCGCACAGGGACGCGGCCGCGUUCCGACGACGAACGCGUGGUAGACGCCAUCUUCUCGGCGCAUUCGGACGGGCUAAUGGUUAUCUUGCGGCCAUCGAGCUCAUGAACACUGCUCGCUUGGCCGGCGAAUCCUGAGCUCCGGCGGGACGCUUGUCGGCUCGUGGUUCGUUCGGCGCAGGUCUGUUGACAGUUGAGGACUAUGUAGCCGACCUGGAAGCAUGGUACCUACGCGGUCGGAGUACAUGGGUCUAUUCCGUCAGACAGCACCCUGUGUUGCACAUCGUAUGGCGUCCUGUUCCCUCGGUAUUGACUGUGAAUAUCCUGUCUCGUAUGUUACACACGUUGUCUUGCUAUCGUUACCGCUUCCUGUUUGCUUUUGCUUACGACUUCUCGAAAACACUGACCUUCCGCCACCACCUCGUAAUCUCGCAUUCACCUGUACCGCUCCCCUCUGGCUCCGUCACAGCGCG